GCUAUUAAAGUAUAAUUGAAGGAUCAAAAUGAAAUGAAUUUCAUAAGAAAGUUCGUUAAGUUGUUAACUUGUACUCUUCUUUGAUAUCUUCACGACUUCACGCAAUUACAUCUGCCGUCCCUGGUAGAAGAAGACAACAGUACGUACAAUUGGAGCAUCGUCCUCGUACCCCGCUAACUAUUUGCUUCUUUGGAUUUUGCAGCUCCGAUUCUUCCCAUGUCUUCCUUUCACACUCCCCUCCCCAACACUCACAUCAUGCGGAACAUUUCAAAGUGCCCAUCCAAAACAUUUAAGGAAAAACCCAACAACAUAAUCGAAACCUCUUUUAAUUUGACGCUUUCUCUCACGGAGAUUGAGGAAGAAAAAAUGAGAUGUCUCGUUUGGUUUUAGAAGUGAUCUCUCCUACGCCGCCUUAUAUGGUUGCAGAGCAGAGAGGCGAAUCUAAUAUGACUUCACCCGGGUUGUUCUUUUUUCUUGGAAGUGUGGUUGUGUUCUUCAUUUUGUUGAUUAUCCUAUUUGUGCUCUGGAAGUUUGUCAAGUUUCCUCAUCUCAGAGCCUUAGUUGAUAGGGUAAAAAAGCCACCAGCAAGAGAGGAUUUCCUUGGUGGGAAUACAAUCUCCCAUUUUGACUUCCAGACUCUGAAGAAGGCUACCAAGAACUUUCACCCAAGUAACUUACUUGGAAGAGGUGGAUUUGGGCCAGUUUUUCUGGGGAUGCUAGCAGAUGGGAGGCUAACUGCAGUGAAGAAGCUAUCUGCAGACAAAUCACAGCAAGGAGAAACUGAAUUCCUUUCUGAAGUGAAGCUCAUCACAAGCAUACAACACAAGAACCUGGUCCGCCUUCUUGGCUGUUGCUCAGAUGGAGCUCAAAGGCUGCUGGUCUAUGAAUACAUGAAGAACAGGAGUUUGGACCUUCUAAUAUAUGGAAAAAGUGAUGUUUUCUUGGAUUGGAACACUCGGUUCCAAAUAAUUCUUGGGGUUGCUCGAGGUUUACAGUAUCUACAUGAGGAUUCGCACAUUCGAAUUGUUCAUAGAGAUAUAAAAGCUAGCAACAUUCUUCUAGACGACAAAUUUCUACCAAAGAUCGGAGAUUUUGGCUUAGCCAGGUUUUUCCCUGAAGAUCAAGCAUAUCUCAGCACUAACUUUGCUGGAACACUAGGUUAUACUGCCCCUGAAUACGCCAUUCGAGGAGAACUAUCUGAAAAAGCUGACAUCUAUAGUUUCGGAGUUUUGGUCCUCGAAAUUAUCAGCUGCAGGAAAAACACAGAUCUUACUUUGCCAUCAGAAAUGCAGUACCUCCCUGAAUAUGCAUGGAGGCUAUACGAAAGGUCGAAAUUGAUGGAGCUAGUAGAUCCCAAAUUGCGAGAAAAUGAGUUUCCGGAAAAAGAUGUGCUGCAUACAAUUCUGGUGGCUUUCUUGUGUCUCCAGCCACAUGCAAAUGUAAGACCACCAAUGUCUGAAAUUGUAGCAAGGCUAACAUGCAAGGUGGAGGUGGGUGAAAUACCAAUGAGGCCAGCGUUUUUAGAUAGAAAGCGACGGGUGCAAGACAAGUUGUCGUGGGAUACCAUAUCGGAGGCCUUCCCAUCUCCUCUUCGGAGCAGUUCACCUUCCCUCUCUCAACCAGCAAAAUAGGGGGUGAAUCGACAAAAAUAAGACAUUUCAAAAAUUGGUACAAAAAUGUGAAAAAUUAUUUUCUUAAAUGCAUUUAGUGUUAGACUUGCUUAUCUCGAGAUACGCAAGUGGGACUUGCAUUUCUUUUUAAACUUCUCCGGCGAAGAAGGCGACUAGUUUGGUUGCUGGCUUCUCGUUCACACUGGAGAAGCUCGAGACCAGUUCGGCCGCGGAGAAGUUAAAAGAAAACACUUCCAUAUCUCGAUAUACACAAGUUUCACUUGCGUUUGCGUUUGCGUUUGACCGGGUCUGACAUCAAAUGCAUUUGGAAAAGUAGUUUUUCUUAUUUUUGAAAUGUCCUAUUUUUGUCUAUGUUUUUGUUUUCGUCCUAUUUGUGUCUUUAGCCCCAAAAUAGGGCCGGGCUAGCUCCUAUAUUAUGUUGCAGAUUUCUUUAGAAAAGGCAUGAACUCAAACGAUUUAUAUGUUUUCGAGGUAACUCUAGAUGAUUCUAUUGUGAUUCAGUUAUAUAUUGCUCUUGUUUCUUAGUUUUACAGACAGCAGAGAAUUAGUUUACAUCUUUAAUCUUUUA